AUGGCGCCCGCCGUUCAGAGUUAUGGUCGUAUUAUUCUAGAAAGCGAUCCUUAUAUUGGUAAUUGGAAACGGGAACAGGCUGAGAAAGGUAUCGAAGUUUUGUUUCGAAACACGUCACACUCAAAUUAUUCUUUACGAUUCGACGCUUUAGGCUGUCUUCUUCAUCCCGUAAAGCUGAUUUCAGAAUCGGAAAUUCCUUGCACGGAGAAUAAAUGUGAAAACAAAGAAGAGAACAAUAAUUCCAGUUCAGACACUCUAGACCUGACCUCGCAUAAUCACUACCUUUUGAACGGCAAUUCCGUCGCUAACACGUCCGGCCCGCAGGAAGUCGUAAUGAAGGAGAAAAGUAAGAAGGCAGCGCGUGUCCGCCGCGACAGGGAGAACCAAGAGUUUUUGGAGCUUGCGAAGCUGUUGCCUGUACCAGCCGCUCUCACCGGUCAAAUGGAUAAAGCUAGCGUCAUUCGAUUGACGACCAGUUACUUGAAGAUGCGAGCGUUGUUCCCAAACGGGAAUAGUAUCUUCGAGUACAUCUAUCAGAACGAUCACGCGGAAAUGCUAUCGGUCCUAAACUUACCGCAGACCCCGGCGGAUCUCGCUGGUUUCACUUUUCCGCCUGCAAACUCGAGAGGCGAGAUCGAGCUGGAACGUGUCUUUAUCCUGAGGAUGAAGUGCAAUUUGGCGAAGAGAUGCGCGGGACUAGUCACGGAGGGAUACAAGGUAAUACAUUGUUCCGGCUAUCUAAGGUGUAUCAUCGAAGGCCCAGUAGGCUCGGAAUACGAAGACGGUGCAGGUCGACACUGCAUUCGGAAAGUCGGCCUAUUGGCAGUGGGUCAUUCUUUACCGGGACGUUGUCUCACGGAAGUCAAACUUUACCAGAACAUGUUCAUGUUCCGUGCGUCGUUGGACUUGAAGUUGAUCUUCGUCGACGCGAAUGUAUCACAACUGACCGGAUACGAUCCACCGGAUCUGAUCGAAAAGACGCUGUAUCACUACGUGCAUGGCUGUGACAUGAUGCAGCUGAGGCAUGCUCACGGAACCUUACUUUACAAGGGACAAGUGAUAACCAAGUACUAUAGAUUUCUGACGAAAUCGGGAGGCUGGGUCUGGAUGCAAUCGUACGUCACAAUUGUGCACAACUCCCGAAGCUCCCGACCGCAUUGUAUCGUAUCGGUUAACUACGUGUUGACGAAACCAGAGAACACGGACCUGCUGCUGAAUUGCGAGCAAAAGUCCUACUGCUCGAACCCAAGCAACCCGCCCAGCACCCCGCUGUCGACACCGACCACCAGCGGCAGCGUCAACGAAUUGGACAAUCACAGUCCCAGUUCACCGGCGUAUCGGACCAGAUCGAAGGACUCGCCUGAUAACGAUUACGCGAACGGUGCCACUUAUCCUAGACCAGAGUACGUCGAUCUGACGAAUCACAAUCAUUAUCUGUCACCAUCUUACCAGCCGCAAAACGUAAACGGCAGUUCCCACGAGGAGAAUCUAAAAUACAACUCCGACUGGUUUUACCAAUAUGGAGACAUGCACCAAGACCCAUUAGCUUCCGUGCCGCAACAACAAGAAGCACAGCAUGCUCAUCCCAUGCAUCAUGCUAACUCCCCAUCGAAUCUACAGCAACACAGUCCCCAAAAUGCUCAGCAGAAACAUCAGCAUUCCCCUCAUCUGCUAGAUCAUUCGACACCUCCGACAAGCUUGCCACAACCACAGCCACAGCCUCAACAACAGCAACCACCGCCGCCGCCGCCGCAGCAGCAGCAGCAGCAACAGCAGCAACAACAACAACAUAGUCCUCAAAGUAACCAACAGAACAGACCUUACUCCACCUCGUCGAGUUCCUGUUGCAGCACAGAUGCCAUGGAUACUCAUUUGCCGAGUGCUCUGAGCGUGUACUCCGUACCCCACAGUUAUCCUUACUAUCAUCAUUAUAUGCCUGACUCGGCGUCAUCCAACUUAAACGAAGUCGGCGGCGUGAUAAUGUAUCCCAGUUGUGGCCUGAACACCGAAACUCACAAUGCCACAGCAAGUACCAGUGCCAGUGCUUCGAACAACGUUCAACAUUAUGAGUCGUCAUACCAGCCCCAUUUGAGCAACUACAACACUAACAACAAUCCCGCGAAGCAUUCGUAUCAUCAUCAAGAACCAACGCCAGCCAGUUACACCAGCGUGAUCGUGGACUCGCAGCAAUAUAGUCCGAGCUCUGUGCAGGACUUGAUUCACUAUCAACAUCAUUACGAAGCGCAUCAUCAGUUCGUUCACUGA